AAGACUUAUGGUACUUUUAGUUCUCAGUGGAGGACGGUUGGUCCGAUAACACCGAGAAGAACAAAACCACACAUUUACCACCGAAAAUUAAACUCCGGCUUCAAGUUCUGCAUAGGAAAAAACCUGCGUUUGCAACGAGUCCGAAAAAGUGCGGGUGGAUUCAGUAGUCGUACGGAGAUCAUCGGGUCAGUUUUUGGUGAAAAAUAAACAGGAAGUUGUUAGCGUUGUGGGACGUGUAGUUCCGCUUGCAGGCCGCGGAGCUUGAUAACAACGCACAGAAUAAAGAAACAACAAUAAAAUAAUCCAAGCUUUACUCUGAGACCGCGUCUUUACCCUCGGCGCUGAGGCAAACAUGCCCGGGUUUACCUGCUGUGUGCCUGGCUGCUACAACAACUCGCACCGGGACCGGGACCUGCGCUUCUACACGUUUCCAAAGGACACCGCGCUGAGGGAGCUGUGGCUGAGGAACAUCUCCCGGGCCGGGGUCAGCGGCUGCUUCAGCACCUUCCAGCCCACCACGGGGCACCGAGUCUGCAGCGUGCAUUUCGCCGGCGGGAGGAAAACCUACAGCAUCCGAGUACCGUCCCUUUUCCCUCUGCGGGGGGUGAAUGAGCGCAGGAGUCGGCGGGGCAGAGGCAGGAAAGUGUCCGCGGGGGUUCCUGCCCCCGCCGCCGCAGCGACCUCCGGGAUUGUCAUCACCAGCGUCCUGGGCAGCACGGCGGAAGGAGCCGAGGGCAACGCUGGCGGCGAGGCGAGCGACGACAGCAUCACCGUGGUUCAGAUAGGCCAAAACGGGGAGUACCUGGGCACCGCGCGGUUGCCCGCCCAGUCAGAGGGGACUUGUUACACCGCGCCAGUCGGCAGUGCGGGCGAGCUCACAGCCGACGACUCGUCGGUCGAAGCCGUGUCCGCCGUGCACCAGCUGCCCGUGCAGUACGUCAGUGUGACCAGCAGCCCGCUGGAUCACUCGUACUCGCUGACCACCGGUACCACGUCGGCCGAGCUGCUGCGGAAACUGAACGAGCAGCGGGACAUCAUCGCACUGAUGGAGGUGAAGAUGAAGGAGAUGAAGGCGACCAUCCGCCAGCUACGGGUGGCCGAGGCCAAACUGCAGGAGGAGGUGCGGGAGCGGGACCGGCUGCUGUACGGAAACUCGGUGGCUUUCAGCGUCCGGAAGAAAAUCUGAUGGGUGAACAUCAGCGGAGACGACCCGUUACAGAGACUCAGACUAACGGAGAUGACACCGAGGGAUUUGAAGACAGCAGAUCCAGCCCUAUUUUGUAUAAAAAUACGAGCGAUGACAAUUUAUUUUCAACAAGUAGAGCUGAUUUUUGGUAGGCCUGAUGUAAAAGAGUUGGCUGCCUAGUUUAUGUAGCUGAUAGUAAUAACCUUAUUGCUAAUCACAAACAAACAUGCACGGUCCACUAUUGGCCCGCAGUCCAACCAACGCCAAUGAUGCAUAUUUCAUUUAUUCAAGGUGGACUCAGUCUGCACAGACUUUCAAGUUAGGCGGGCUUACAUAUUUAUAACUGGACUGAUGGGAAGAUGCUGAAAAGCUGCCUAGUUGCAUAUAAAGUUUUUUCUCCUUAAGAUUUCUCUGACAAAGUGGUUUUUUUCUGAUUUGAACUGAAAUUAGGAGGUUGGUGCCAGAGACCUCUCACAACAGAUUGCAGAGGUAAUGUAAAGUACAUCAUGCUGAAGUAUGCAUUGGAUUUUUUUUGUAACCAAAACACUAUUCUUAGCACAUCAUGGUGUUAGUCUGUGACAUAAAAACUCUACCAUGACUUUAUCUGAGAGGCCUUCAGAGGUACUGUUGGUGUUUGUUUUCCUUUUAUUUUUUGUUGCUAAAGACAUUUGUGCAACAGAAAAAAGGACUUUAAGGAAUUCCUUAAAACUUGAAAGGGCACUCAAAAGAUGAAAUCUUAUUAAAGGAUGUUUCUUGAAGACAUGCAUUAAGUUACAUUUUACUGUUUUAUUUUUUCCUUAAAAAUCUUAAGAGAAGUUCAUAGAAAAACCUUUUCUCAAGAUACUUUAUGCAACUUGAACAUAUGUUUCUCUCCGAGGUGGCUCUGUAAAAUGGCGCCUGCUUGUUUCUGUGCGAUUCAUGGAUUUUAUGUGCCUGUUUAUGGUCAGAUUGUUUUUCUCUCACACAGAAGUUUAGUGGCUACAUCUCUCUGUCCUGUUCAUGAGUGUUUUAUGCACAGGAUGUUGCAAACAUUUCAGAUUUUUUUAACUUGGUCUGACAGCUAUGCUCUGUUGUCAUUUUGAAGUAAAUUUCACUUUGAAAUAGAGCCGGUUCACACUGAGUAAUUUCUCAAGUCAACAAAUGUGUCCUGACUGUGCAGUGUUACAGUAACGAAACGGAAACAGACUGUGGGAGAAAAGAUCCUGGUGUGUUUUUUAUUGUUUUUACCUUUGAGUUAAGGCGGGUUUGGCUUAUCCUACCGGGGUAAUAACUCACUGGGCUGCAGUGAGGGCUUGUGUUUGGACUCUUUUUAGGAAAGACGUGAUAAAAAUUAGAAUUUCCAGUGGCUCGACUAAGCUGUAUUGUCAAGUACUAGGAGUAUUUUUUCAGCUGUGUUGAGUUGUGGAAAAGUAAUAAAAUUUGUAUCACAUUAAAUCCUCACUCAUGAAGACUUGGUGAUUGGAACAAAACAUGAACUCAAAGAUCAAAUCUCAAUAUUGAUGUGGUGCUUUAUACACCAAUUCAGUGAUGUGACAAUUCAGUGACAUGAACUGGUGCUUAAAGCAUCACCUAACAUAUACUGUUUCAUUUUAGUAGUUUAUUUUGCAUUAUUAUUACUUUUUUAAUUAGUUGUACUUGGAAAACUAAUGAAGCCCAGAGAUGAGAUCAUUGUUUAGGUUUCAGGGAGGAUUGCAACUUAGGGUUUGCUGUAUUAUGAAUUUAUGCAGUGGUUACUCUGUCAUAUUAAUUAAUUAAUUGACCAUUUAAGCCAUAUAAUGUUCAAAAAUACUAAAAAAGUGGCCAUUGCAAGAUUCUAUAGGAUAUAAUUUAGUGUUCAGGUUGAUUGUUUUGCUGAACAGUUGAAAAAUAGCAGGGGUUUUUAAAGCAGCAAAUUGUCAUAUUUGAGAAACCAGCGAGUGAUUUGGUAUUUUUAAUUACUUAAAAUAAUUAAUUAUGUGUCAGAGAAAUGGAUUCCUCCUCAGGUGAUGAUCUUGUCCAGUCAUUUCGGUUCCAUGGUUUCAGUGUGUCCCUGCACAGUGGAGCUUUAGGGGUAAGAUUUCACUCACUGGAGAAACAACAACAUGGUAAAAUGUGUGUUUUGAUUGGCAGAGUACAUGGUCAGAUGUUGCAACAUGAUUUUCACCCUCUAGAUGGCGAUGGGAUAAAAACUUGAAGAGUGGAGAUUUAGUUCCUGUCUAUAUGGCCUAAUUUACUUCAUCUGUCUGUGUUUGUUGGCAGCUUUGAUCGUCAUCUGCUGAAUUGUUGCUCAGAUUAAAUGUUGAAUGUCAUAAUGUGAAUUUAAACCUGUAACUCAGUUUCUCAGCCCAAACUUAAAAAUAUGUCAUUUUGAACACCAAUCGUUAUAAUGUGUUACAUGAAACAGAGAAAGAGGGAGAGACAGAUGAAUGGAUAGAUAGAGAGCAUUGGAGAGAGCGAGGAUCCAGAUCCUAAUCUCAUCUGGAUUUAUUUUUUUUUACUCCCAACAGUGUUGCAUAAUGCCUUAAUCCAGAGCUGUCAAUCAAACUUACACAACUCUAUCUUCCUUUUCUAUGGCUGCUGCCAUUUACCACAACCAUCUUUAUGUUCAGGACAAACAUCUUCUCAUGUCAGAUUACCAAAUGCUCUCCUUUUACAGUAGCCAUAUAAUGUGAAUGAAGUAAAAAAAAACUGUAAGAAUCUUGUGGUUUUGAAAAACAGUGUAAAGACAAGAAAAGUUUAAUAUGCGCCUGAAAAAAAAAAGUUUGGCAUUCCAUUAAAUCCCAUUAGGGAUUAUUAUUAUUAUUAUUCAUGGUAUUUUUUAUAACUAAUUAUCCUGGCUGAAAAUGACACCUUUUUUUUUUUUUUAAAUAAAUAUUGAACGAGGAACAGUGUGGAACAUUUUUCUCAAAGUAGAAAAUGUGACACAUUUUAAUGUGCCUUUUGCAGUUUCAGCAUGAGCAUCUGCAGGAUUUCUCUCCAAAGUCUCCACCUGGUGAUUCUACAGUAUAAUUUUCUGCUGUGCUCUUUGUCUGCUGUGGAAAUUCAGACUCUCAGUUUGUCAUAGUACUUGUUUUUUGUGUUCUUGAGCCUUUGUUUCAAUGAUGCAAGGAUCAUAAUAUUUGUACAAACUUUUAUCUUCAUGUGGCGUGUAACAGAAUUCAUAGUUUCUGGAGGGAAGCUUCAGUUUUACAAAGAGUCUGCUGUUGUGUAAACAUUUUUUGUCAGGAUGUUCAUAAUUAUAAAUGUGACUCAGCUUGAUGUAUUUUUGAGGCAUGCAGAAUGCCAUGAACUGACACAUUUAAAGGGCUGUUAAAUCUGUCCUGAUUAAUAUGUUACACUAAAAUCAACGAAGCCUUCAGAUUGCUUUAGAGUUGGUUCUUCCUUAUUCUAUGAUCAAAAACAGUAUUUGCUGAUUUCAAUUAAAGUC